GUGAAGGGUCGCCUACACAACUGAUUCUGUCUCCCUACUCUCUCUCUCUCUCUCUCCCUCCAUUUUUCUGCAAAUAUUCUUCCUCCUCAGAUAUUGGAGAAGACUCUGUUUUACAGCGCAUACGCAUACGCAUACGCAUACGCACUCGCAUUUUCCCUCCCUACUUUUCUCCACUUCAAUUCUCUUCCUUUUCUCAAGGAAAAUUUCCUCAAAAUGCUCCACAGAUUUGAAGAAAUGGAUGACGAGUUUGCCAGGCUUCUCCGUAGGAUCAAUCCACCCAGGGUUGUGAUAGACAAUGAUGCUUGUGAGGAUGCAACUAUAAUACAGGUUGACAGUGUCAAUAAGCAUGGAAUCCUCCUUCAGGUGGUCCAAAUUCUCACAGAUUUGGAUCUUGUGAUUAAGAAGGCAUACAUUUCAUCUGAUGGAGGAUGGUUCAUGGAUGUGUUCAACGUGAUUGACCGCAAGGGGAACAAAAUUAGAGAUCAAGAGAUCAUCAGCUACAUCCAAGAGAGACUUGAAAGCAAUGAUGAUUUAGUUGAACCUUCUUUGAAAGAACUGGUUGGAUUAGUACCUUCUGAAGAGUAUACAUGCAUUGAGCUAACAGGAAGGGACAGGCCUGGUUUAUUAUCUGAAGUCUGUGCUGUCCUUACUGAUCUUGAGUGCAAUGUGGUGAAUGCCGAGAUAUGGACGCACAAUGAGAGAGCUGCAGCUGUGGUUCUUGUCACUGAUCAUACCACGGGUUUUGCAAUUGAAGAUCCAAAGCGCAUAGCAGCAAUAAAGGAGCUCUUGUGCAACGUUCUCAAGGGAAAUAGUGAUCUAAAUUCCGCAAGAAUGACACUUCCACCACCUGGUGCUACCCACAGGCAAAGAAGGCUACAUCAGAUUAUGUUUGCUGAUCGAGACUAUGAAAAGGCUGACAAAUUGGUUGGUGGAAAAGUCCAUGCCAAGACCUCCAGACCUCAUGUAAUUGUAACAGAUUGUGCAGAAAAAGAUUAUACAGUCAUCACGAUGAGAUCAAAAGAUCGACCCAAGUUAUUGUUUGAUAUUAUCUGUACUCUGACUGACAUGCAGUAUGUCGUCUUUCAUGGGGUAGUCCACACAGGACGAAUGGAAGCAUAUCAGGAAUACUAUAUCCGGCACAUGGAUGGGGUCCCUAUUAGUUCAGAAGCUGAACGAGACCGUGUGAUGCAAUGUUUGGAAGCAGCCAUCGAAAGGCGAGGCACUGAGGGUCUUGAGUUAGAACUAUGCGCGGAAGACAGAGUUGGACUUCUCUCUGACAUCACCAGGAUAUUUAGGGAAAAUGGUCUGUGCAUCAAAAGAGCAGAGAUCUCAACCAGGGGCGGGAAAGCUAGGGACACAUUCUAUGUCACGGACGUGACUGGCAGCCCCGUAGACACUAAGACUGUGGACUCCAUCUGUGAACAAAUUGGUGGAGGCAUUUUACAUGUCAAAUGGGACAUAAAGUCUUCCCCAAAGCCACAACAGGGGAGCACAAUUAGCUUCCUUUUAGGAAGCUUCUUCAGAUCUCGAACCUUUUCUGGUUGAAGGAGGAAUGUGGAAAGUAAAAAUAGUGUAUAUAGAUGUAUGGCUUAAUGGCGAUAUUCCUCAGUAGGAGAAACCACCCCAUACUGUUAAUAGGUCAAACAGGGUGGUGUAGUCUUGUACAUGAAUAUGUAUACUCUCUACUGAGGAAGCCAAACUCUUGUACAGUAUAUAGAAGAAAAAUAUGUCAAAUAAGUAUUGAAGCAUAUAAUGUUAAUGAAAAUGCUUCUUGUGUA